GACGAUCUUUAUUUCAACAGAGACAAGACACAAGAAAUGCUCUCCUGGAAAAAUCUGCCAAGAAAUAUUACAGAUUAUAACUUUUUCAGGCCUCAUGGUGGAUAUUUCUGGUGAAUUAGCAAGAUUUUUUUAUUUAUGUAUUUUUUUGUAUGUCUGUUUUUAGUCUACUGCUGAAGAGCUUCCUAUUUUUUAAAUGGAGGGACAGGGCAAGCAGAUUGGGGGUCUGGCACUGGUUAUGAUAGGUGUUUUAGGAGUGUGUUUGGCAUGUGGACUGCCAAUGUGGCGGGAGACAUCUUUUGUGGGAGCAAAUAUUGUGACUGCACAAUCGGUGUGGGAUGGUCUGUGGCUUCACUGUAUCAUUCAGGCCACAGGUCAGAUGCAGUGCAAGCGACACACAACAUCCAAUACAAUGACCUCUGACAUUCAGGCUGGACGGGCCCUCACGUUGCUCUCAAUCCUCCUCGGCCUCCUCGGUUUCAUUGUCACCCUCAUGGGCGGAGGAGUGGCCAACUGCAGCGGGGCUCCUCCUGACCCUUUGGAGCCUCUGACGACCUCUUCUUCCAGGAAGAAGGCGUCACUGUUGGGUGGAGUUCUCUGUAUCGUAGCUGGCAUCCUGUGCGUGGUUUCAGUCAGCUGGUCAGCAGCAGCAACCUCCUUACUCUACAAUGACCCUUUGGUGGCUGCAGCCCUGAAGAGAGAGGUGGGCUCCUCCAUCUAUAUAGGCUGGGCCUCCUCCCUGCUGCUCCUGCUCGGUGGUGUUCUGAUCUGCUUGGUCUGUGGGGAUAAGGAGAGAUCCCAACCCCAUUACUACUCCCACAUGCCAUACAGCAUUGAUGCUCAGUUAGGUGACAGUUCAUCCCGUGUGGCCAUUCUGAGGUCUGAUGACACGAGAUCAUACAACUCCAGGAUUUCUGAUCGUCCUUCAGCAAGGAGGGUGGUAGAGCACAUAGCUCAGGUGCAUGACUAUAACUCCCCGAAUCAAGCUCAGAGUGAGGUUGGGAGGUAUAAUCAGCCUCAGGGGACACAACCAGGAGUCUUCUAUUUUAGAGACACCACACAAGAGGAAAAGGCUUAUUCAUGGGCAUGAAUCCACAUCUGGUGUGUAAAAUCUCUAGCAGAGCCAGUGCCCACUGACUAUAUUCACAGUAUAAUCUAAAUCUGGAUGUGUGUAUCACCAUAGAUCAUUGUUAGGAGAGUAAUUAUUAACACUAUUUUUGGACAGAUCAAUAAAGUUUGAUAUCAUUUUCAUUACUCUUGAUAUCUAGGUUUACAAGCUGGUGGUGGAUCAGUCAUUAUAAAUUUAUGAUGAUUGGCCAGCAAUAGUACAAACCUACAACACUUUAUUUCUAAUUGUAGUGGAGAGCUAGACGGUUCCAAAUAUGAUUAAACUGUGUCUAAAAUAAUGCAUGAGGCUACUGAUAUGGGUGGAUGGAUAAAUGGAUGGAUGGAUGGAUGGAUGGAUGGAUGGAUGGAUGGAUGGAUGGAUGGAUGGAUGGAUGGAUGGAUGGAAUGGUGCAGCCUUAAAAUAAGUCUUGAACAUUGUACUGGAAUUUCUGGAAUAAUAUUUUCUACCGUAAAGGAAAUAAAAGGGAAAAUCUGUUGUGUAGAUAGUGAACACACAUUUUAGGUUUCCCAUUAUAUUUCAUCAUAGGAUCUACAAGUUUUCUUCCUCCAGAGAUAUUGUUCUGAUAAAUGUUGAUUUAAGACUUCAGUAUGUUUUUCUGAGCAAGGCAAAAUAUAUAAUAUUAUCAUGUCAAUGAUAAAAAACAAACAGGAGUUUAGAAUUAUAAUGGAGAUUAAAAUGAUAGUAUAAAUAUCUUUUUUUCUGUUUUAAACAAGUAAUAAUAAUCAGAAUUACUGUUUUCAUUUCAGAUUCACUUUGCUGCUUUCUCUUUAUGUACAGGACUGAGGAAACACAAUCCUCACUUCAUGUUCUUUUUUGUUCGGAUACAUUUUUACACUUUGUUACAAUGACUCAUCUGAAUGAAGGUCAGGUACAGUUUUGUCACAAGUGUCACAACUUUAGCCAAAAGUGUUAAUGUCAAGGACAUUUUUGGAGAACAGAUGCCUGUUCAGCAAAUAUCUGCUGAAACACUCAGCAACACAGUGAACAUAGAAUAUUAAAUAUAUAAACAUCCUCCUUUGCUGACAGGACUGGAGAGAUUUUCCCUGCACGCAUGUUGUGAUAUAGGCACGGUGCUUUCACACACCUUCAUGUGCUGCUGGUAUCGAUUGGCGGUGUGAUCGCUGUGGAGGUCAUGUGAUCUCUCUGGGUAAUGUCUUUUGAUCUCUGACAGAUGAUUGAAUUUACAUUCACUGUGAAUGACUGUCACAUAUUUCAGUAAUGCUGUAAGAAUUUUGAUUUCUCAACCGGAACUUCACUUAGUCAUUUAUGAAGUGAUGACAAUUUGUAUUUAAAAGUCACAUGAAUAAUUGUAAAG